AUGGGGCAUAUGGCAAGGGAUUGCACCCAAACUGAACAGCAAAAAGGUGGGAAACCAGCUGUUGGUUCAACCGGAUCCAUCCCAAAACUGGGUGAUACUACGAGGCCUGCUACUACCAAGGACACAAUAAGACAGGGGAGAGUCUUUGCACUUGUCCCAGGUGAUACACGGAAUACUGAAGCUGUUGUCUCAGGGACUAUUUCUAUAUGCAAUCAAGACGCUUUUGUGUUAAUUGAUUUCAGCUCAACGCAUUCCUUUGUGUCUACUAUAUUUGCAUCUAGAUUGACUAGACCCCUAGAGUCAUUGCCAUAUUUGUUAUGUUUAUCUGCUCCAUCUGAAGAAUUUGUAUUAUGUACAUUUGUGUAUCGUGUUUGUGAUAUGCGAAUUGGCAAUGCUAUUUUAUAUGUGGAUUUGUUAUCCUUGGACAUUCGACACUUUGAUAUAAUUCAAGGUAUGGAUUGGUUGUCGAAAUAUUGUGUUACUAUCAAUUGUGUAACAAAGCAGGUUGUGUUUAAACUGCCAGGGCAUGUUGAAUUUGAAUUUGUGAGUAAUGGGGUACUGCCUCCACCUUAUCUGAUUUCAGCAAUGAAAGCAUGUAAACUGCUUAGGAAAGGGUGCUAG